CUUCCUAUUUCUCUUCUUCAACCCAGCCGUCUCUUGAUUGUUAGUUGGCAAAACUCAAUUUGUUGUUGUGUUUGAAGCUCAAAUUGGGGUUACAGUACUGAAUUUGUAAGAUUUGUGUGGUGGAAUAUCAAACUAGAAAGGUAACUAACAAUUGUUGAACAAGCUUGAACAAUGAGUUUGAAUUUCAAAUUUGACUUUUGUGGAAAGUUUGGAUCAGGUGUUGUUUAGACUCGUUUGAAAUCGUUUUAUUAACGAGAUCUUUUACAAAAUUUGAAGUCGCUUGGUAGGGAUUUGACUAAUUUUGAACAAGAAUUACAACUACAAACUAGAGGAGAGGAUAGGAAACUUAAAUGUUGGCGAGAGGCAGAAAAGUUCCUGGGAAAGGGGAGACAGUGGGUGCACAUUAUGCUUUUGGCCCGCUUGAAGAUGAUUUAAUUAUUAAGCAUAGACUUCUCACUCGCACAACAACCACUAGAGGUGAACCGCCGCUGAAGAAACUUCAGAAAAAGUUUACCGCUUUUGCUUCAGAGGUAGAGAAGGAAGCUGAUAACUAUGGUGAUUGUGAAAGACUUGCCAAAGCUUUCUUGCAAGAGCUAAAUACAUUUGAGAUUCCGCUCCUAAAGAGCAAAGCAGUCAUAGAUGCAAACCUUAGAGAGAAAGAGAACUUUAAUGACCUAAAAGAUGAGAUAAAUGGGCAAAUUUUACAAGCUCAGGCUGAUAUAGAAGAUCUCAAGAGGCAACUUGAAGAAAGCAAGAUAGAGAGACAGCACAAAGAAGAGUGUGAGGCCAUCAGGAAGUUGGUUGCUAUGCAGCCUCCAAGAUCUGAAACUCAGAAGGUUAUUACAGAGCUUGAGAAAGAGAUAGCAAAGUUGGGGGCAGAGAAUGCUGCUAGUUCAAGAACACUAGAGCUUCGUAAAAAGCAAUUUGCGCUUCUAUUACACGUGGUUGAUGAGUUGCAGAACACGAUAGAGGAAGAACAAAGGAGCUUGGUGGAAGAGUUGAGGAAUGCAGUUGAUGAUCAUGAUAAGAGUGGGGGUCCUGAAGCAAUGGCUGUCGAUUAGCAAGUGAUUGCACCUAGACUCUGUAAUUAUAAGCUUACUCGUUAUGCAUCAUCAAAUUGAAGCAUCUGUCAGAAGAUGGUUGAUGUUGGUCUAUUUACAUAAUGACUUUGACGAGCUGAAAAUACAUUAAUCCUACAACACUAGCAGUAGACCUCUUAAUGCAGUACCUAAUAUUGGAUCAACUCUUCAAGUGUUGUAGCUUUUUGUCUGAUGCAUAACUUACUUCAUAUUAGAGAAUCUACUUCUCAGCAUU